AUGUAUUCCGAUGUGGUACUUGGCAUCGAGCUCCACCACUUCGAAAAGCACUUGGAGCGUGCAAAGGCCAAGCGUGGCGUGAAGCAGGACUGCGAGCUGCUCGCGGAAGACUUGGAGAAGCUGGUGAAAUCGCACCUCAGCCGACUGCUGGUCGUAUGA